GAGCUAUAAAGGCAGGCUCCCUUCCCAUGCUCAGUACCUUCUGCCACCAUGAGUGCCCUCCUGAUCCUGGCCCUUGUUGGAGCAGCUGUUGCUUUUCCUGUUGAUGAUGACAAGAUCGUCGGAGGAUACACUUGCCAGCAGAAUUCUGUGCCCUACCAGGUGUCUCUGAACUCUGGCUACCACUUCUGUGGAGGCUCCCUCAUCAAUAGCCAGUGGGUGGUGUCUGCAGCUCACUGCUACAAGACCCGCAUCCAAGUGAGACUGGGAGAGUAUAACAUCAACGUCCUUGAGGGCAAUGAGCAGUUUGUCACUGCUUCCAAGAUCAUCAAGCACCCCAAAUUUAGUUCGAGGACCCUGGACAAUGACAUCAUGCUGAUCAAGCUCGCUUCCCCAGUGACCCUCAAUGCCCGUGUGGCCACCGUAUCUCUGCCCACCUCCUGUGCAGCUGCUGGCACUCAGUGCCUUAUCUCUGGCUGGGGCAACACCCUCAGCUCUGGUGUAAACAACCCAGACCUGCUCCAGUGCCUGAACGCCCCAGUGCUGUCUCAGAGUGCCUGUGAAGCUGCUUAUCCAGGAGAGAUCACAGCUAACAUGAUCUGUGUUGGCUACCUGGAGGGAGGCAAGGAUUCCUGCCAGGGUGACUCUGGUGGUCCCGUGGUCUGCAAUGGAAAACUCCAGGGUAUCGUCUCCUGGGGCUAUGGCUGUGCCUUGAAAAAUAACCCUGGUGUGUACACCAAGGUCUGCAACUACGUGAGCUGGAUUCAGAGCACAAUUGCUGCCAACUAAGAAAAUCCCCAACCCCUCCUCAGUCCCCGUAUCAAUAAAGUUCAUUUGCCCUCA